AUCAAAUUUGCCAAUUCCCCUCGUCCUGACCUCUGGGUGCUGGAGCGAUCUACCGACUUUGGCCUUACCUACGAGCCCUGGCAGUAUUUUGCCUCUUCCAAGAGGGACUGCAUUGAGAAGUUUGGACUGCAAACCGUAGAUCGUAUCACCAAGGAUGACCACGCCAUCUGCACUACUGAAUACUCCCGGAUCGUGCCUUUAGAAAAUGGGGAGAUUGUUGUCUCUCUGGUAAAUGGGCGCCCAGGAGCCAUGAACUUCUCCUACUCUCCUCUCCUGCGGAAUUUCACAAAAGCCACCAACAUCAGACUGCGCUUCCUGCAGACAAACACUCUGCUCGGGCACCUGAUGGGCAAAGCUUUAAGGGACCCUACGGUGACAAGGAGGUAUUACUACAGCAUCAAAGAUAUCAGCAUUGGAGGGCGCUGUGUCUGCCAUGGCCAUGCAGACGUCUGUGAUGCCAAAGACCCUAAUGAUCCUUACAGGCUGCAGUGUGACUGCCAGCACAACACCUGCGGUGGGUCCUGCGAUCGCUGCUGCCCUGGCUUCAACCAGUUCCCAUGGAAGCCCGCCACUGCUGAUAGCGCAAAUGAAUGCCAGCCUUGCAAUUGCAACGGCCAUGCCUACGACUGCUACUAUGACCCAGAGGUGGAUUACCACAAAGCCAGCAAAAGUCACGAAGACAAGUUUGAAGGGGGAGGUGUUUGCAUUGACUGUCAGCAUCACACCACUGGCAUUAACUGUGAGAGGUGCAUCCCAGGAUACUACCGGUCCCCCGACCACCCGAUCGACUCUCCAUACAUUUGCUAUCGCUGUAACUGUGAGUCUGACUUCACCGAUGGCACCUGCGAGGACCUCACUGGCCGCUGUUACUGCAAGCCCAAUUAUACUGGGGAGCACUGUGAUGCCUGUGCUGAGGGAUACCUCAACUUCCCCCACUGCUACCCCGUUCCAGCUUUCGCUCACAACGAUACUGGAGAACAAGUGCUCCCUGCGGGACAGAUAAUAAACUGCGAUUGCUACGCUGGUGGAACGGAAGGCAAUGCCUGUCGCAAAGACCCUCGGGUGGGGAUGUGCGUGUGCAAACCCAACUUCCAGGGAACACACUGUGACCAGUGCGCUCCAGGCCACUACGGACCCAGCUGCCAGCCCUGCCAGUGCUCCGGCCCCGGUCAGUACGAUGGCACCUGUGACAGCGAGACAGGGCAGUGUCUGUGUCGAACAGGAUUUGAAGGGCACUUGUGUAACCAGUGCGCUCCUGGCUACUUCAACUACCCUCUGUGCCAGCUAUGCGGCUGCAGCGCAGUCGGGACGCUGCCAGGAGGCUGUGACUCCGUCGGGAGGUGUUUCUGCAGACCUGAAUUUGCUGGGCCGCGGUGCGAGCAGUGCAGCCCUGGGCACCACUCCUACCCGCACUGCUACGCUUGUUCCUGCGAUUCCCGGGGUGCGGUGGACAACAACUGCAGCCCAGCUGGCCAGUGCCGAUGCCAUGCGAAUUUUGCGGGCCACACCUGCAAUCAGUGUGCCCUGGGCUUCUACGGGUACCCCAGCUGCACACCUUGCCAGUGCUCCCGGGAGGGCUCUCUGCACAGCACCUGCGACCAGGAAACGGGGCAGUGCAGCUGCCGGCCCAAAGUGACGGGACUGCGCUGCGAUAGCUGCGUGCCGGGCGCCUAAGGAUUUCCGCACUGCGAAGUGGGCUCCUGUAACCCAGCAGGGUUGGUGACUGCAGAUCCCUCGCUGGCCCCGGGCUCCUGCGCGUGUCGGGCAUACGUUGAAGGCCCAGCUUGCGACAGAUGCAAGCCCUUAUACUGGAACCUGACUCCAGAGAACCCCUACGGCUGCAUGAGCUGCAAGUGUAAUACCAAGGGCACCAUCAGUGGAAUCGCAGAGUGCCACCAGGGCGACGGGCAGUGUUUCUGCAAACCAAACAUCUGCGGCCAGUUCUGCUCGGCGUGCAAAGACGGCUACUUCAAUAUGGAGAACGCAAAUUACUUUGGCUGCCAAGGCUGCCGGUGUGACGUUGGCGGGUCCCUGGGGCCAUCCUGCGAGGAGCGGAGCGGAGCCUGUCGCUGCCGGCAGAGCACACGUGGGCCCACCUGCACCCAACCUGCGCGGGCUCAUUAUUUCCCUGACCUUCACCACUUGAAAUUCGAACUGGAGGAAGGCACCACGCCGGCCGGCCGGGCUGUGCGCUUUGGCUACAACCCCCUGGAGUUUGAGGGCUUCAGCUGGCGGGGAUACGCACAGAUGUCCUCCAUCCAGAAUAAAAUCAGAGUCACUGUAGACGUGAAGGAGGCAGAGCUCUAUCUGUUCCAUGUCAUCCUGAGGUAUAUUAAUUCAGGAGGGGCCACUGUGUAUGGCAAAAUUACAGCUUAUCAGCCACGAAGGAGAGGUACAGAGCAGACCAAGCAGAUUGUCUUUGCUCCCAGCACAGAGCCAGCCUUUGUCACCGUCCCCCAGAACAGCUUUGGGGAGCCCUUCGUACUCAACCCCAACACCUGGUCUCUGGUUGUUGAAGCAGAGGGUGUGCUGCUGGACUAUCUGGUUUUGCUACCCAGCUCAUACUAUGAAGCUCCAAUACUGCAGCUAAAGGUCACGGAGCCAUGUACCUACCAGCCAGCCCCAGAACAAGCCACCCAGAACUGCCUCUUGUAUAAGUACCUGUCUGUGGACGGCUUCCCUGCUGCGUCAGGGGUGGAUGCGGUGUGCAGGCUGGACAACCGGUUACCCAGAGUGUGUCCCACAGAGCAGCUCAGCCCCUCCCAUCCCCGGAUGGCGACAUGCAGCGGCACCGAUGUGGAAGUCCAGCUCUCCCUGCCUAUUGCCCAGCCUGGGAAAUACGUGCUGGUGGUGGAGUACGUCAACACCAAUGCUUUGCAGGUGGUGGGCAUUGCUGUGAGCUCACCGCACUUAACCAUGCAGCAGGCUACAUUCAUCUUCUACCCGUGUGUCUACAGUUUCCUUUGUCGAGGGAUUGCUGUAGAUUCCCAGAGCCGCAUGGCAACAUUUGAACUUACCUCGGAGGCUACCAUUCGGUUCACCUCUGAUCUGGCUGACUUCUUCCUGCACAAAGUGUACCUCAUACCUGCUGCACAGUUCACCAUGGAGUUCAUUGAGCCAAAGGUGCAUUGCAUCAGUGUCCACGGCACGUUUUCAUCCAACAGCAGCUCCUGUGUUCCCUCAAGGUUCCUGAAACUUUCUCAGUUGAUCAUUUUGGAGGGGGGCCAGGCUCUGCCCAUCGCUCCUGAUGUCCCCCUGGCUCAGGCGGUCCACAUGGCUCCAGCCGGGGUCCCAGUGGAACCUGCACCUCGGCCUCCCACAGCAGUGGACCCCACCACAGAGCUCAUCCUCCUGCAACCACCACAGGCUGCUGUUGUGUUUAACAGCCGGAUCCAGACCCUGGGACGCUAUGCUUUCAUCCUACACUACUACCAGCCCAACCAUCCCACCUUCCCUGUGGAAGUGUUAAUCAAUGGUGGGCGUAUCUGGCAAGGUCAGACCAAUGCUACUUUCUGCCCACAUGGCUACGGGUGCCGGAGCCUGGUAGUUUCCGAGGACCAAAUUAUCCUGGAUGUUACUGAUAAUGAUCUGACUGUGGUUGUUCGAGUGCCAGAGGGCAAGCAGCUGUGGCUGGAUUACAUCCUUGUAGUGCCUGAAGACAGCUACAGCUCUCAGUACCUGCAGGAGGAACCCCUGGACAAGUCCUACGAUUUCAUCAGCAGCUGUGGCAUCAACAGCUUCUACAUCAACCCCAGCACAUCAUCGAGGUUCUGCCGCGACUCUGCCAUCUCGCUCUCCCUCUUCUACAACAAUGGGGCACAGCCCUGCCGGUGCCACGAGGCAGGGGCACGGGGCAGCCAGUGCGAGCCCUUCGGCGGGCAGUGUCCCUGCAAGUCCAACGUCAUCGGGCGAGAGUGCUCCCGUUGUGCCACCGGCUACUGGGGCUUCCCCAACUGCAGGCCCUGCGACUGCGGGACACGUCUCUGCGAUGAAGUGACAGGGCAGUGCAUCUGCCCUCCACACACCCUGAAGCCGGAGUGCGUCGUCUGCGAGCCCCAGACCUUCGGCUGCCACCCCCUCAUCGGCUGUGAGGACUGCAAUUGCUCUCGGCCCGGCGUGCAGGAGCUGACAGAGCCGGGCUGCGACGUGGACAGUGGGCAGUGCAGGUGCAAGCCCAAUAUCAUAGGGCGACAGUGUGACCUCUGUGCCCCCGGCUUCUACCACUACCCCAACUGCUGGCGGUGUGACUGCCACCAGGCUGGCACCGAAGCAAGCGUGUGUGACCCAGUCACGGGGCAGUGUCACUGCAAGGAGAAUGUGGAGGGCCUGAGGUGUGACCAGUGCCGCCUGGGGACAUUUUCUUUGGAUGCCAGCAACCCCAAGGGCUGCACCAAGUGUUUCUGUUUUGGUGCGACCGAUCGCUGCCGCAGUGCUGAGAAGCACCGAGCUGAGUUCAUCGACAUGAACGGGUGGCUCUUGCUGAGCAGUGACCGCCAGGAGGUGCCGACGACUCUGAGCCUGCAGGAGCAGCUCCUCCGUGCUGAUCUCAGGAACCUCCCAGAUGCCUACCAGGAGCUCUACUGGGUUGCACCCAGCUCCUACCUCGGGGACCGGGUUUCCUCCUACGGUGGGCACCUGCGCUACGAGCUUCACUCUGACCCACGGAGGGGUGACGUGUUCAUUCCCAUGGAGUCCCGCCCAGAUGUGAUCCUGAAGGGAAAUCAGAUGAGCAUCAUGUUUCUGGAAGGCACCUACCCUUCCCCAGGGGAGGUAUAUGAAGGCCAGCUGCAGCUGGUGGAGGGUAAGUUCAGGCACACAGAGACACACAACCCUGUGUCUAGAGAGGAGCUCAUGAUGGUGCUGGCAAACCUGGAACAGCUGCAGAUCCGGGCGCUCUUCUCCCAGCUCUCUUCCUCCGUGUCCCUGCGCCGCGUGGUCCUGGAGAUGGCAACAGAUACAGCUACGGGCAUCCGUGCCAGCAACGUGGAGCUGUGCUUUUGCCCAGCUAACUACCAGGGAGACUCCUGCCAGGAAUGUGCUCCAGGUUACUACAGGGACACCAAGGGGCUCUUUCUGGGAAAAUGCAUCCCAUGUCAUUGCAACGGCCACUCAGAUCAGUGCCUGCCGGGCUCUGGGAUAUGCCUUAACUGCCAGCACAACACAGAGGGAGACCACUGUGAGCGAUGCAAGGAUGGCUACGUGGGCAGCCACUCUGCCGAAGAACGCCUACAGUGUGUUGGAUGUCCGUGCCCUCUUUCAGUUGCCUCCAACAAUUUUGCCGUCGGUUGUGUCCACAAGGGCUCCAACACGCAGUGUCUCUGCAAGCCUGGCUAUGCUGGACCCAACUGUGAGCGGUGUGCCCCAGGAUACUACGGCAAUCCCUUGGUGAUUGGCAGCUCGUGCCAGCCCUGCGACUGCAGUGGGAACACAGAUCCCAACAUGUUGUUCAGCAGCUGUGACUCCCUGACAGGCGCCUGCACGGGGUGCAUGCACCACACGGCCGGUGCGCGGUGCGAGGUCUGCACCCCUGGCUACUACGGGGAUGCAGUGGCAGCCAAGAACUGCACACCGUGCAACUGUUCGCCUUGUGGGACAGAGUCGUGCCAUCCACAAACCGGCCAGUGCUUCUGCAAGACUGGAGUGACAGGCCAGCACUGCGACCGCUGUGAGGAUGGGUACUACGGCUUCGAGGGAUGCUUCAGCUGCCGGAGGUGUGACUGCGAUGUCGGUGCCGUGGGGAGCAGUUGCCAUGCACAGACUGGCCAGUGCAGCUGCCUGCCUGGCGUCAGCGGCUCACGCUGCCAGCAGUGCGCCCCGGGCUACUGGGGCUUCAGCGAGAGCGGCUGUACAAAGUGCGAGUGCAGAGGGGGCUCCUGCGACCCGCGCACUGGGGAGUGCACCUGCUCCAACGGGCUGACAGGGAAGCAGUGCGACGUCUGCAUGCACGAGUAUGAGAUCCCCGUGGCAAACGGUCCAGACAGCACGAGGUGUGAAGUGUGCGACAGCUGUGUCCUGCUUCUGCUGGAGGAUCUGCAGAGCAUCGAGAUGUCCUUCCCUUCCAUUCGCAGCCAGCUGGUCAACCUCAAUGCCAGCUCCAUCGCCUGGGCUCGCCUCCACGGUCUCAACAGCACUAUGGCAACUGUCGCUAACCAGCUGCGUGAGUACCAGAGAGCCAUGAACAAGGUCAGGCAAAGGGCUGACGAGCUGGAGGAUGAGAACGUGGACCUCACACAGGACCUGAACGCGCUGCAGCACAAAAUGACAAUGACUCACAGAGAAGCAAACCAGAUUGAGCAGCACACGAGAGAGACUUACCAGAGGGGGGAGCAGCUCCUGCUAAACAUCCAAAGCAUUCAGAAAGGCAUUGCAGACUUGAUGCGGCAGAUGGCCAGGCUUGGGGCAGCAAAUGCCAGCACCACCUCCACUGAGGAGUUUCGGCAGAAGAUGGCCGAGGUGGAAAGAAUGCUGAGGGAGAUGAAGGAGCGGACUCUGGGCAGCCAGGAGGAGCUGGCAAGGCACGAGCAUGAGGAGGCUCAGAAAUUGCUGCAUCGGGUGAAGAGUGAACUGCACGCCCGCUGGGAGUCCAACCAGGACCUGGUGAGCAGCAUCCGGGACCGGCUGGCGCAGCACAGCUCCCAGCUGAUGGAUCUCCGCGAUGCCCUCAACGAGGCUGUGAACAAAACCAGGCAGACGGAGGACUUGAACAGCCUGAACCGCAACAACCUGGAGGAGAGUCAGCAAAAGAGCCGCGAACUCCAAAAGCAGCAUGCACUGGUGCAGGAGACCCUGAGGAUGGCCAAGGACUCCCUGGCCCAGGUCUCCGACUUCCUACAGAAGAUGGAGAGUGCAAAGGAGGCGUACGAGAAGCUGGCAGCCCUGCUGGAUGGGGCGAAGCUGCCCCUGACUGAGCGUGUCAAGAAGUUCUCCCCGGCCAGCAGCAAAAUCCCCAUCGUGGAGCAGGCAGAGGAGCAUGCCCGGCUCCUGGAUGAGCUUGCAAGGAACCUGUCCAGCAUUAUCCAGGGCACAAACCAGGAUGGCUUUAUCCAGCGGGCGAUUGAUGCCUCUAAUGCCUACGCCAGCAUCAUUGAAGCUGUGAAAAAAGCCGAGCGAGCAGCCCACGAUGCUGAUGAGGCAGCCGGCGAGGCUUUGAUGAGUGUCAUAUCAGAAAAUCUCGGGGCCAUCUCUAAAGAGCUGAAGAGGAACAGCAGCAACCUGGAGGAGGCUGUGAGGAGAGAGCAGAGAAAACUGAACGAGGCUAUUAAAGGCACUCUGCAGAUAGCAAAGGACAAGCUGGCUGACCUCCGUGUGAAGAAGGAGCAGCUCCUGAGCCAGCUCCAGUCUGCGCAGGACAUGCUGGGCAGGGACCAAGAGGACACGAAAGAGAUGAUCCAGAAUGCCAAAGCAGCAGCUGCUGAGGCCAAUGAAACAGCUGCGAGAGUGGAAGAUACCCUGAGCAACAUGAAGAAGAAUCUGGAUGAGUGGAAAGACCAGUAUGGAGACCUUCGAAAUGAAGACCUGAACCAGGCAGUCCAGGAUGCCAGGAAAUCUGUGUCCAGCCUGGAAAGCACCAUCCCACUGCUGCUGGGGAAGCUGAGCAGCCUGGAGAACAGGAGGAACAAGAACGCCACCGUGUCGGAGAACAUUGUGCGGAUCCGGCAGCUCAUCACGCAGGCGAGGAACGCUGCCAGCAAGGUGAAAGUCCCCAUGAAGUUCAACGGCAGCUCGGGUGUGCAGGUCCGGAUGCCCAGCAACCUGCAGGAUUUGGCAGCCUAUACAUCCCUCAAAUUCUACAUUCAAAACCCUGAGCCCAGGAGCCGGCAGCGACGGCAGGACGGGACAGAGGAGGGGCGGGUCGUGUUGUACCUGGGCAGCCGGGAGGCCGCUGGAGACUACCUGGGCAUCGUGCUCAAGGACCACAAAGUGCAGUGGGUCUACAAACUGGGCGAUGAGGAGCCAGCCUCCCUAACGGUUGAUGAGGAUAUUGGAGAGCAGUUUGCCACCAUCAGUAUCAACAGGAUCCUGCAGUAUGGGCACAUGUCAGUGAUCGUGGAGAGGCAGACGGUGCACGAGACCAAGGGAGACAGUGUGGCCAAGGGGGAGCAGGGUCUGCUCAACCUUGACCCGCGCAACGUGGUCUUCUACGUGGGUGGCUACCCUUCCAGCUUCACGCCUCCUCCCACUUUGCGUUAUCCCAACUACCGCGGGUGCCUGGAGCUGGACACACUGAAUGAGGAGGUGGUGAGCUUGUACAACUUCCAACGCACCUUCCAGGUGGAUACCACCGCUGAGAAGCCCUGCGCAAGGUCCAAGUCCACAGGAGACCCCUGGUUGACUGACGGCUCCUACUUUGAUGGCACCGGUUAUGCGGAGAUCAAGUUUGAAAGCCAGUUUGGCACCACCAAGCGCUUCGAGCAGGAGAUCCGGGUGGUCUCCUACAACGGCAUCCUCUUCUUCCUGGAGAAUCAGGGUCAGUUCCUGUGUCUGGCCAUCCGGGAUGGGAAGCUGGUGCUUUACUAUGACUUCAGCACUGGCCUGGAGAUAGCAAAACCCAGCAGCAACUCCUCCUCCCUCACCAUCAGCAGCACCACAAACAAAGCGAUCCAGAUUUUCCUUCUCAAAAUGAAUAACAAGAAGCGCAUCCUGGUGCGGCUGGAGCGCCUCACCAUCUUCAUGGUGGAGCAGGAGAACUCCCUGGAGAAUGCUGUUUCCUACUACCUGGGUGGUGUGCCCCCUGCUGUGCUGCCCCCCAGCUUGAAAGCGCUCUUCCCCACGGGUGGGCCCAUCCGGGGCUGCAUGAAGGGCUUGAAGGCUCUUGGCAAAUACGUUGACCUGAAGCGCAUGAGCACUGUCGGCGUGAGCUACGGGUGCACCUCGGACCUCCUGGUGGCUCGGUCAGUCAGCAUCCACGGCCACGGCUACCUGACCCUGGCCCUGAAGGACGUGCCAGGGCUGCGGGACUUCUACAGCGGCUUCAGCUUCCGGACGAGCCAGCGCGAGGGGCUGCUCUACCACCACACCACCCAGGAGGGGACGUGCCAGGUGUCCCUCCAGAGGGGCCAACUGACCUUGAACCUGCUGGAAACAGAAGUCACCACUGAAAAUGCCUAUGCAGAUGACAGGACCCACUACAUGGCCUUCUACAGCGAUGCUCGUGGGGUCCGGCUGUACAUGGACGAUGAGCUGCAAGACACCGCAGCAGGCACUGGGUCCAGCCAGCGCAGCGACGGGCAGGGUAGGCGGGCGCCCCUUCCCCCUUGGGGGGCCACCCAGGCCGGCAGCAGCCUCACUGGCUGCAUCGGGAAUGUCUUUGUCAAGCGGACGUCAGAGCCACAGAUGGUGGUGGACCUGCAGGAGAAUGUGGAGAGCAUCAAUGUCACCAUGAGCUGUCCUUGGGGUGAGCAGCCACAGCAGCUCAGAGUCACUCCAAAGAAGGACAGGCGGAAACCCAAGGUGCUGGGCAAGCCUGCCUCAAAGGACCGCCGCCAUGGUCGGGAUGGGCUCUGCCGGCUGCACCCGCUGCCCCAUGCAGCCAGGGGCACCUUCCGCUUCGGGGGUGCCCCAAGCAGUCGCUGGGAGUUUGAGGAGAUUCCAGCCUCCUUUGGCCAGAGGUCCCAUUUCUCCCUGGAGGUGAAGCUGAACUCCUCCAGCGGGCUGCUCUUCUAUGUGGCGGGCAAGCGGGGCACCUUCAUGGCUCUCUUUGUCUCCAACGGGCGCUUUGUCUUCCUGGUGGAUGUCGGCAGGCGCCGCCUGCGCCUCCGCAGCAAAGACAAGUACCAUGACCGGCGGUGGCACACGGUCUUCUUCAGCAGAGACCAGAGCCGAGCCCAGCUGGUCAUUGAUGGGCUGCGAGCCCAGGAUGCUGCAGUGGCCACUGCAGGGCUCUUUGUGGCCCAAGCCCCCUUGUAUGUGGGGGGGAUCUCGGCUGGAAAAGCUAAGGCUCACAUACCGGUUGCAUCAGCCUCCAGCUUCGACGGCUGCCUGAGGAACCCACUGCUGGAUGGGAGGCCCCUGGGUCCCCCCUCACGCACCUUUGGGGUGACACCGUGCUACGAGGGCGCACUGGAGAGCGGGGUCUUCUUCGCUGCGGAUGGCGGGUCCGUCGUCCUAGCUGAUGCAGUGGCAACCGAGCAGGACUUGGAGGUGACACUGGAGGUCCGUCCCCGCAGUGCCUCUGGUCUCAUCUUCCACGUCGCCACGAGGAGAAGCCACCAUCUCCUGUUGUACAUGGAAGAGACGAAGGUCACUGUGAAAGUGAACGCUGGGGCUGACGAGUUCUCUGCAUCGGUGACAUGCCCAUCUCUCUGCGACGGGCAGUGGCACACCAUUGCAGUUACCAAACGGAAAAACAUAAUCCAGGUUGAUGUGGACACGGAAGGCAACUACACAGUGGGACCCAGCCAGCCUCCUGCACCCAGCGCAAGGGCGACCUUCUACAUGGGAGGGCUGCCAGAGACCGACAAGGCCAGCACAGUGUCACCGUUACCUCCCCUCUCUCAUUACAUGGGCUGUGUAAGGAACCUCGUGAUUAACCGGAGCCACGUGGACCUGCCGCGAGCCGGGACUGUCAGGGGCUCCGUUGGCCUUAAGGGUUGCCCCGUGCUGUAAGUAAGUGCA